GAGUUUUUCCCCUGGCGGCGCCCGGGCCCGCUCUGCACGGCGCCGAGGUCGCGGCUCCGGCCUGUGACGCGUGACGCACAGGUACGUGAGGGGCUGGCGAGCGCGGCGGUCACGUGGGGCGGGCGCUGCUGCCAGGCGCCGCGGUCCCGUGCGCUCGCCCCGCCGCCCCUCCCCCGCCGCAUGUCGCUGGCGGCGCGUCCCGCUCCCCCUCAGCCGCCCGCCCAGCGCCGCCGCCUCCUCCGCUGUCGCCGCCGCCCUUGAUGUGGUUCGGGGCCGGGCGGGGAAGAAGAUGCCGCCGUCCAAGUCCCGCAAGAUCGCGAUCCUGGGCUACCGGAGCGUGGGAAAAUCUUCACUGACGAUUCAGUUUGUGGAAGGACAGUUUGUUGAUUCAUAUGAUCCAACCAUAGAGAACACAUUUACAAAACUGAUCACAGUAAAUGGCCAAGAAUAUCAUCUUCAGCUGGUUGACACUGCUGGCCAAGAUGAAUACUCCAUAUUUCCUCAGACGUACUCCAUAGACAUCAAUGGCUACAUUCUUGUUUAUUCAGUCACGUCAAUAAAAAGUUUUGAAGUGAUAAAAGUUAUCCAUGGCAAGUUAUUGGAUAUGGUGGGAAAAGUCCAAAUACCCAUUAUGCUGGUUGGAAAUAAAAAAGACCUGCAUAUGGAACGGGUGAUCAGCUAUGAAGAAGGGAAAGCUUUAGCAGAAUCCUGGAAUGCAGCUUUCUUGGAAUCUUCUGCUAAAGAAAACCAGACUGCCGUUGAUGUUUUUAAGAGGAUAAUUUUGGAGGCAGAAAAAAUCGAUGGGGCAGCUUCACAAGGGAAGUCUUCAUGCUCAGUAAUGUAAUUCCACUGCAAAACCUGAAAACACUGGGAAUACAUUCUACCUGAAGAAGCAAAACUGCCCAUUAUCUUUAAGGAUAAACUAUGCUUCUUUUUUUUUAUGUUUUUUUUUUUUUUUUUUUUUCUUCUGUUAACCUGAAAGAUAAACAGUUGGUUUGGAGCCUUUCCCUUCAGAUUAUGUUAAACUCUGACUCCUGUGCAAAUGGCUUCACUUCCAUUUUCAAAUUUUAAGCAAUCAUAUUUUCAAUUUAUAUAUUGUAUUUCUUAAUAUUAUGACCAAGAAUUUUACUGGCAUUAAUUUUUCAGUGUAGUUUGUUGGUUAGAAUAAUCAUCAAAAUGAUGCAUAUUGUUACACUACUAUUAACUAGGCUUGGAUAUCAGUGUUUCUUUGUGUUAAAUGUAUACUUGUAAAUAAAAUAGCUGCAAACCUUAAA